AUGGAUAACGACAGCUCCACUCAGCCAGAGCAGACUGCUCAAGCCUCCGAUGUAGGCCUUGCGUGCAACUGCUGUCGGAAGCGGCAAGAUUGCGUUUACGAGACAAAACGUGCCAAGCCUGGCAUGAAAGCUGGUGCCAUCGAAAACGUCCACAAAAGGCUUGAUGCAUUGGAACGGACGAUCGCGAAACAACAGAUAACAUUAGAAGCCCUGCGCACUGAACAGACAUCAAAUAAUAACGCAGGCUCACAACAAGAAGCUAUUGAUGGACAGAGUCUGCUCUUCUCUCUUGCACGUGAGAUAUGCAAACUUGGCAAUCCAGCUCUUGCCAUUUCUUCAGACACUUCCCAUGAUUCCGGAAAUAAACGUCGUCGAACGGAAGAACACGGUGCGCAACAAGAGAGGCUUUAUUAUGUGGUCAAUCAGCCAACUUUGCCAGACAAUGUCAUCCUCGAUCAAGUCGUAGACGCCUACUUUCGGCAGAUACAUCCAUGGAUUCCUAUGAUACACGAAGGCCGAUUUCGCAAACGACUUCAAGAUCAUGGCGAUAACACAAACUUGCUUCCACUCCUACAAGCCAUGAUCUUGAGUGCCUCACAUCAUGUUCCUAGGCGCGACGUCGCCGAGAUAGCACAGAGUCUCAUUGGGGACCAAGAGGAUGUCAGAGACUGGGUGGUUGCCAAAGCUACCAAAUGUCUGUCAGUGGAGAACCUACAAGCUCUAAUAAUCAUCUGUUUCCGUGAUAUUGGUGACGGAGAAGAGUGUCGAGCAUGGUCGCUUAUCGGUGCUUUAACUCGCAUGGUUGAAUAUCUCCAGCUCACGAUAGAAAGCGACGAAGCAGACCGUUCAUCCUUUUCGCGACCAUACACCUCUCUACACCCGCCACAUGGAUGGACAGAAGCGGAAGAAAGAAGGAGGGUAUUUUGGUGUGUCUUCAACCUAGAUCGCUUCUGCUCCUUCACCACGGCUUGGAACACUAGCCUUACCUCAGAUGAUGUCAACCGCCGAUUGCCCUGCGAUGGAAUAACAUGGAGAAAAGAGGAGACUGUAUCCACCCCAUACUUUGGUAUCUGGGAUAAAUCGGCCGCACGCAUCGGAAACCCCAUCGCGUUUCUCCCUUCACAUUCUACCACCGCACCAGCCACUGCCGAUGAAGGCGGUAUUACACCAUCCGAAGCAACAACAUCGCCGGGAGCAGCAGCGUCUUCUGUUGACAUGUCGACAGUCGGGGCUUUUGCGUAUUGUAUCGAGGCAACCGAGUCGCUGAGUCGCGUCACGAGUUACUUCCUCCAGCAGAAGGUCAAUACCAAGGACCAUAACGAUCUCGGUAGUUGGCUCACAAGAUUCAAAGAGCUCGACGUGCGGUUGGUGCACUGGAAGAUGCUUCUUCCUAAGAAGUGGAAAGUGAAUAUUGCUCAGCAAUCGUCGAGGAUGGAUCCAAACCUUACGCUAGCUCACGUCACACACAAUGCAUCUAUGAUACUACUUCAUCAGCCCAUUGCCUUUCCUCCUCUGGACUGGACGUUCCGAACAAGGCUACCGAGCUUCUGCAGCCUUGAUACUUGCCAAGCAGCAGCUAUCGAGAUCGCCACGAUAACGAACCACUACCUCCAGAUUGCUGAGCAUACAGGGCCUCUGAGUAAUCAAUACGCUUUCUGUGUAUACCUUGCGGCCAGAGUUCUGCUUUUACAUUGGCGGUAUCAUGCUACCGAUUCUUUGUCAUCCGAGUUCUGGGCAUUGAUACAAAACCUAGAAACCAUGGCUAAACGAUGGGCGGGGCCUCAUCAACUCGGGAUUAGGGAGAAUCUAGCAUCCAAGUAUCAGGCUGUUCUUGUUGACUUGCAUACUCGAUGCGUUCAAGACGCAUCUUUCAACAUCAACCCUUCGGCUUAUACAACAGAAGUUAAGCACUCUCGAUCAGUGUCACAACACUUGGAUGCGGCUCCGAGAUUGCAAGGUCAUCAAGCUGUUAGACAUCCAGCCCAAGAGAAUGGAGGCCCCUCAUUCGCAGGCAAUGUGUCAGCUAACGCGUACUACCCUGGUGCGACGCCUAGCUUAGUCAAUGCUCAAGCAGGGCAAAGAAGCGGUAGUGUAGGAAGUGGAGACUUGGGCAUGAUUUCUCAGAUGCUCCUUGAUGCCGAGUUUAUUGAUAUGGAUCGCGUUAUUAGCUUUGAUGAUGGUAUCUUUGGAACUGAACACGAGAGCGGGUGCUUCUGAGAGGGUAUGGUGUAGUAUUAUCAAUGUAAUUCUCAUCAUUCUUUUUUAUUAAAAUUCAGCGACUAAAAGCGGCCAAUUAUUGAC